AUGACUAAGAAAACUUUAAAAAGGGCCUGCCAGGUGUGCAAAAAUAGGAAGAAAAAGUGCUCUGGUGGGUUGCCGUGCGAGUACUGUCUCAAAAUAUGCAAACCUCAUGAGUGUGUUUAUCGCAGCCGGGUACCUCGAAAAACAGUUAGCAUCACUGAGAAUUACCUGCAAAGCUUGAAGGCAAAAAUAAGGGAGCUUGAAAACCAGCUUGGGAAUAGCAGUCCUACGCCCACGGAAUUUCUUCAGGACGCAAAUCCACUGGUUUCGAACAAAGAUGAAGAUGGUGUCAUCGACGGUGGACCAUAUAUUGAUGAGUCAAAACUGUCAAAUCACACAUUUCAUUACCUGGGUGACUCUGCUUGUCGAAAGUACCUCUCGAAGAUCAAGCAGUCCCUAAUUAAAUCCUCAAAACUAACAGAUAAUCCGCAUAAUUCAGAUUUCAGGACAAUUUCCCUGGAUAUUGCCCCAAACAUCUCCCUUGUUCGAUCUUUAUCUGCUGAUGUGUGCCCUCCAAUUUCCGAGGCCAAAAAAUGUAUUGCAACAGUUUACAAAAUUAUCGGUGCUGACUAUCUGUUCAUUGAGCCUGGUUAUGAGGUUGAUAUUCUAGAGAACCUUAUAUAUUGUGACACUGUGGAUAGCACCAAUUUCAUGAGGUACUCAACAGAAAUGGUAAGAUUCCUUACAUAUCUCUCGCUAGGCUGUCUCUUCGAGAAUAGUAAUAGUGACCAGCCGAGAUCAAAAUUUCCUGGAUUAUCGUACUUUGAAUGUGCUCUUAAGCUGCAGGGGGAACUAUUGAAAGUAUACGAUUGUAUUGCUAAUACAUCCUUGGUUCAAUCUUUCCUUUACGUUGCUUACUACGCCUUGUCUUUGGAUAAACCAGCUUUUGCUUUCAUCCAAGUGGGAAAUGCGAUCAGGAUGAUGUAUGCUCUUGGGCAUCAUAAAAGGACAACAAACCCUGAUCAAAAUAGGGUAUUUUGGUUAUGUUUUGUCUAUGAUAGAAUUGUUGCCAUUAGAUUUGGGUACCCUUUGACUAUAAAUGAAUCAGAUGUGGACAUACCUUUGUUUCCAGUCCCGCCACCAGAGAGAAACAGCCCACCAGGUUCCAUAUCUAUGUCACUUGAAAAAUAUCAUUUCAUAUCACAAGUCCAGCUGGCUAGGAUAACUACAGACAUUGUAAGAAAAAUAUACACACGCAAUACAGCAUCCUUCAUUGCAAAUUGCCAUUUGGUUCUUACACAGCUCAAAAAUUGGUUGGACAACUUACCAAAGUAUCUGGAUCUCAAUCUAAGCAAUCUCAAAAUGGCUCAAUCACGGUCUACAAUCAAUCUGCACAUCAACUAUAACUAUUCUAUCAUGAUCACGACGCGGCCCGUGCUGUUUUAUGUUUUUAAUAAAGUUUUGACGAGUGGAAAGGGCCUUAGUAGCCUUUUUUCUGUAAAAUCGCAUAAUACAAUUCAAACUUUACUGAAGGCGAGCGUAGAAGCUGCAAAUCUUCAGAGUGUCAUUCUCACAACGCUGUAUUUUGAGGGGGUAAUGGCCAAUGCUUCGUUUUUGGAUUGUCAUUAUAUUUUUAGUGCAACAAUUAUCCUGAUUUUUGCUGCAUUUUGUCAAUCAUUGCCAAAUUACACGAUGACAUUCGGAUGCGAUAUCUCCACACUUUUUGAUAGAGUGCAAACUAAUUUAGAUAUUUUGCAAAGAUUAUCCCAAUACAAUAUACCUGCUUCGAACUUUAAUCGUCAGCUCACAGAGUUUAUUGAUCUUAUCAGUUCGAAAGGGGUGCAAACCACAUUUCAGGGCUAUUUUCAAUCUGACCUGCCCGAAAGGUAUGAGGAUUCAAAACCACAAUUAGACUCUCAGGCUAUAAAAAACAUAGAUCUUACGCGUGUUUUGGAUGAUAUGAGUAAUACCAAUUUUUCCAAUGAUGCCGUCUUUUUUGAUAACGAAGACUUUUUAAGAUACUCCAACUCUUUCUAA